CUUCGUCUUUCCCUCUCACACUCUCUCCGCAAAUUCCGUCCCGUUCCUAUUUCUUUCGCCCACUGCCUUCUGAAUCCUCUUUUCGGUAUCACUUCAUAGUCCAAAUUCCUCAACCAGUUCGAUUCUCUCUCCGCAUAAUUCAAUUACCUUUCAUCUGGGUUCCUCUUGCAUUUGCGGUUUUACAACCCCAUGGAUGUCCUCAAAAAAGACCUCAAACUAUUGCUCCAAAGAAUCGUCGACGAAGAUGAUUUAGAGUUCUCAGCUGUCGACGAGGCUAUUCAGAAAUUGAAUGCUUUGAAAAUCUCUAAAAUGGCUGCCUCUGCCUCCCCCAUCCCGGAAUCUAGUGGAAGUUCUGGCACUAACACUCCAAUUGUGCCGGAGGAGUUCCGGUGCCCCAUUUCCGGCGAACUCAUGAAUGACCCUGUUCUCUUGAUAACCGGUCAGACAUAUGAUCGGUUCUUCAUCGAACAGUGGUUCCAUGAAGGGCACAAUACAUGUCCUCGAACCAAUGAGGUCCUUUCCGACAUGUCUAUUACUCCGAAUCGUCUUCUUCGGUCAAUGAUCUCACAAUGGUGCUUGGAUAACAGAUUGGUGCCUCCAAAGCUUAGUUACGAGGAAGAGGUCGACAAUGCAACUGAGUCCCAUUUAGAUGAAUUGCUUAACAAGUUGAUGUCUUUGUCCAUUACAGAUAAAAUAGAUGCUGCAAAGGAGUUGAGAGAGACAACGAGAUUGAGCCAUGAGUUUCGAGCCCUUUUUGCAAAGUUCCCCAAAUCGAUUGAGAGAUUAUUGUAUCCUCUGAUCUCACUAGAAAAAAUUAAUCUCUAUCCUCGCCUUCAAGAGGAUUUGAUUACCACUGUUCACAAUAUCUCGAUUUUUGAUGGUAACAAGAAACAUGUAGCAGAGCACCCGUUGGUCCUCCCUUUGUUGAUCCAAUCUUUACAAUAUGGAAGUAUUGAGGCAAUAGCGAAUGCAGCUGCAACUAUUUAUUUAUUAUCUUUGAAUGAGGCAAAUAAGAUCAUGAUUGGAAAUGCAGGAGUUUUCAAACAUCUGAUUGCACUUUUAGACCAUGCACAUCUUGUAGUGAUAAGAGAUGCUGCUUCAGCAAUCUACAACCUCUGUACUGCCGUCGAAAACAGAGUGAAGGUAGUUGGCUGUGGAGCAGUUGCCUCCAUUUUGCGAAACAUCGGUCGAAGAUUAUUGGUCGAUGAGUUGAUUUCGAUACUUGCGCUUCUUUCCACUGAUGUGAACGCUAUCGAUGAAAUGUGCAAACUAAAUGCGGUGCCUUGUAUGCUGGGAAUUAUUAGGGAAACUGACUCCCAACGCGUCAAAGAAAACUGUGCAUUGAUGUUGUUAGCAAUCUGCACAACUGACCAAAGCCAAUUGAAGAAGAUUCGGAAGGACGAAAAUGAAAACGGGACAAUCUCGGAACUUUCGAAGAUUGGUAAUUCGAGGGCAAGGAGAAAGGCUUCCAGCAUACUCGAUAGGCUGCAUAGAGCUGGUUCAAGAACUCACACUGCCUAACGAAAACAGGUCAGAUUCUUUUACACCAAUUAACCUGUGUAUAGAUAUAGAUAUCUACAGUGUAUUGCAAUACAAAAAGUUGCACAUAUUACAAAGGAAUAGUUGAUACAAGAAAUUUUGUCCAACUCUGAACCAAAGGGAUGAAUUAGAAAUCCAUAAUACAGCAUUCUUUUCAGUAUUCUAAUAAUGAAGGAAUAUGAAUAGCUGAUGUCUGAUGUAGAUGUUUUGGUUCUAACAAAGUGAUGAAUGAGAUAAGUAAUUGCAAUGUGUAGUACUUUUCAGACUAAUAAUUAAGUGUAUAGUAACAUUUUUAAAGAAUUGUAAAUAGAACAAAAUCUAUUAAUGAUAGACAAUCGUUGAUAGA